GGCCGGACCAAGUUCUUUUCUGGUCAAAGAUCACUCGUAUAUUGCACCUGAUGUCUACAUGCACUGAGGCUGCCACGGUGGCCAGGCCGGAUAUGGCUACGUCGCCCCCUGCUGCACAUUUAAAGCAGCACAACUCACAGGAGAGCAUAGAACUCCAGCCGACCGCAUGCCAUCGGAGACAGCAGAAGCAAACCGCCGAGCAGGAUGCGGCGUCUCUCAAAACAGCUGAAGAGACACCUCAGAGCGCGCCGUCGGCCAAGGUUCCAUAUGACAAGCUCAUCGGCUGUGGCUUUUCCUUCUUCUUCUCGGGUGUCAAUGACGGCACACUCGGUCCUCUGAUCCCAUACAUCCAAGACACUUUCUCCAUAGGCACCGGCGAGAUAGCCAUCAUAUACGCAACAUCGUUUUUGGGAUGGUUCCUAGCCGCGCUCCUGAACCCGUUCCUCACGGACCAGUCCCGGCACGCGACGCUGGGCCGGGUCCUGGCCGUGGGCGCGGCGCUGCAGCUGGCGGCGCAGGUCCUUCGCAGCAUCCCCGUGCCGCAGCUGUCGCUGCCGCUCUACGCCGUCAGCUUCUUCGUGCAGACGCUGGGCAUGGCGCUCCAGGACGCCCACGGCAACACCUUUGUCAGCUCGGCGAACCUGGCCCACCGCUGGCUCGGCUUCAUCCACGCCUCGUACGCCGCCGGCACCUUGCUUGGCCCGCCCAUCGCCACCGCCAUCGCAUCGAAGGGCGCUGCGGCUGCUGCUGCUGGUGUUGCGGCUGACCAGACUACCGGUGACCACUGGACGCGCGUCUACUUUGUGCUUCUCGGGCUUGGCGUGCUGAACCUUGUCGCUGUGGUGGUCGGAUUCUCCGACACCAUCUGGCAGGGGCAACGGGUCAUCACUCCCGUCGCCGACGGUGAGUUUGCCGAGGUAGAGAGCGGCACGAUACAAACGAGCCAGUCAAAGGCGGCCAUGAAGGACAUGCGAGACCUCUUCUCGCUGCGUUCAUUCUGGACGAUUAGUCUUUUCUACUUUUUUGAGCUCGGGGCCUGGAUGACGGCUUCAGGCUGGGUGGUGGAGUAUCUUGUCAAGGUCAGGUCCGGCGAGCUAUCAAAGAUGGGCUAUGUCCCUACGGGAUGGAACGGCGGUUUGCUCCUGGGUCGUAUCCUGCUGGCAGAGCCCACGUUCCGCCUCGGUGAGCGGCGCAUGCUGCUGAUCUACAGCGCCAUUUGUACGGCCCUCCAGCUCGUCUUUUGGCUGGUUCCCAGCAUUAUCGCCAGCGCCACGGCCCUCAGUAUCAUGGGCUUCUUCUUUGGACCCUUCUUUGCCACGGGCGUAUCCGUAGGCUCAAAACUUCUUCCUCGCAAAGUGCGAUCUCAAGGUCUGAGCCUCAUAUUUGUCAUAGCUCAGGCCGGCGCCUCUCUAUUCCCAUCGUUGACGGGCAUCAUUGCAACGAGUGUGGGUGUCCAGGUCCUGCAGCCCAUAGUCCUCGCACUUAUCGUUGCUGGCGGCAUUUGUUGGUGGCUUGCGCCCAAGGGUUCGACAGAUUCGAUCCGUGCAUAGUAUAACAAAACAGUGCUACAAUCUAACGUGCAAAGGUAGGUAGGUAUGGACGUGUGGAUUUGACUAGGUAGAAUGCCAGUAUGUUGGAACUUAAGAUGGAUGGGUGGUGUCAUCGUGACUGAAAAGCGGGGCGUGGUGCAAUCAGGGACUUAGUGUAGCUAGUCUUGCCAGCAAAAAAGCCUCCAGCUACACCUUGGUAGUUCGAUCUACCUGCAAAGGCGA